AUGUUCCUAUUGAAGAUUACAGCAUCUGCAGAACAGUCAUACAGUUAUUACAGUGGAAACGAUGGAACUGAUAAAGAUCCACAGGCUUCUGGAGCAUAUGUCUUUCGUCCAAAUGGCACAUUUCCAAUCAAAUCCGAUAGCCAGGCUUCUCUAACUAUGGUUCAAGGUCCGGUACUGGAUGAAGUACACCAACGGCUCAAUCCAUGGAUAUCUCAGAUUGGACCUAUACCUGUGGAUGAUAGCAUAGGAAAAGAAAUCACUACUCAAAUUACAACAGCCUUAAAGACUAAUGGAACAUUCUACACAGAUUCUAACGGACGUGACUUCAUUAAGAGGAUUAAUCUUGGAAUAUACAUGCAAGACAGUAUCUCAGAACUGUCAGUGUUGGUUGACCGUUCAGUUGGGGGAUCCAGUUUAGUGGAUGGUCAGAUAGAGCUUAUGCUCCACAGGAGAUUACUUCAUGAUGAUUCAAGAGGAGUUGGUGAGGUGUUGAAUGAAACAGUUUGUCUUCAUGAUAAAUGCGAGGGUUUAACUGUAAGUAUACCAUUUUUCCAACCUCUAUUUAUAGUUGAGUUGAUAAUGGUGUCUAUGAACAAAUUUUCAAAUGACACAGGGAGAACUAAUAGACUCAGGUUCCAUACGGAUAUUUACAAUCAAGACGACCAAAGAAAAUAUGAUAUUUUUUAAGCUAUUAUUUUCUGUUUGAUUUAGUUGUUAUUUCUUAUAUUAGACCCAUUUUGCAAGGUCUGAUUCUAAUAUGGCUUG